UCUGACGUACGUUGCCGGAGCUGGAAGGUGUUUAUUGUUCCUUGUCGUCGCGGGCGCAGAGAGAAAGCUAGACGAGUUAUUUGGAUAUCUGUAACAUUGUAACAUCUAAGUAGAAACACCAGAUCAGGUGUUACUAAGAUCUUCUUAGAAAUGGCAUAUGCAUACCUCUUCAAAUAUAUCAUUAUUGGGGAUACGGGUGUGGGCAAGUCAUGUUUAUUAUUGCAGUUUACAGAUAAAAGAUUUCAGCCAGUUCAUGAUCUCACAAUUGGUGUUGAAUUUGGUGCCCGCAUGAUUACCAUUGAUGGAAAACAGAUUAAGCUUCAGAUAUGGGAUACUGCUGGUCAAGAAUCCUUCCGUUCAAUAACAAGGUCCUAUUACAGAGGUGCAGCUGGAGCUCUUUUGGUGUAUGAUAUCACAAGAAGGGACACUUUUAAUCAUUUAACUACCUGGCUUGAAGAUGCUAGACAGCAUUCAAAUUCCAACAUGGUUAUCAUGCUUAUUGGCAACAAAAGUGAUUUAGAGUCUCGGCGAGAGGUGAAAAAAGAAGAAGGCGAGGCUUUUGCUAGAGAACAUGGCCUUAUUUUUAUGGAGACAUCAGCUAAAACAGCUUCCAAUGUAGAAGAGGCAUUUAUAAACACAGCCAAGGAAAUAUAUGAAAAAAUUCAAGAAGGUGUAUUUGAUAUCAAUAAUGAGGCAAAUGGCAUCAAAAUUGGCCCACAGCAUGCUGCAACCAAUGCGACACUUGCAGGAAGCCAAGGAGGGCAGCAGGCAGGAGGGGGCUGUUGCUGAGGUCUUACGAUUUUCUGUCCAAUUGGUUGGGUCACCUAACCGUUUUCUUAACUGCUCCUCUCAAACCCAACCGGUGAAAUUGGCUCAUAAAUUAGAUGGCAGUUUUUCAAAACAGAUGCCCGGGUCCUCUUCACUAUCCCUGUGCAACCUUAACAUCAAUUUAUGCUGCAGCAUAAAAGGUUAAAUUUUUCCCAAAAAUAUCAUUUUUGAGGAUUGUAUUGUUAUAUUCACUCUAAUCUCUAGGUCAGAUGUUUGUGAUUUUUUUUUUUUAAAUAUAUUUUUGUUAAAUGUUUGUGACCUCCUCAGUUUAGAUGGAAAAUAUUAAACACUACAAAAACAUCAAAGUAUUUUAAACAAUUUUUGUGGGUGAAAUCCACCACCACCGUGCUUUGUUGAAGCUCGACAAAAUGAGACUGUGUAAAGAAUUGUCGACCAUUUUCAAAAUAAUGACGAAAGAAAAGUGGGACUCCUGAUUCUAUAUUUAUCAUUCACCUUCUGUAUAUAGUUAUAAAAAUAAGCAUUGGUGUAUAUCUGCCAAGGUAGGAUUAUUCACUGAAUUUACUUACAUUCUAUACUGUAAAACUAGAGCUUGAAACUGCAUCAGUAUUGUUAUAGUCCAAACCCGCUUUAACACAGUUUUAAUCCUGUUUGUUUUUUUUUCUUUCCGUCUUGCCAUCUGCCUUUUCUUUUACUCUCCAGUAAUCCCACAAAUCUGCUUGGUGUAUAGCGAUAUUGGCUCAAUAUUGCCUAUCUAUUUUAAUGCCAAAUUCUGUGUUUAUCUGAAAAACCUUAUAACCACAAUUUACUCUCCAGGAAUGGACCACCUCUUCAGAAAUAGAUCAGUUGUUUGCCUUAAAAAAUGAAGACAUUUUAAGUGACACAGCAAAAGACAGACAAUGUCCAAAAGUGAUUCAUAAUGAUAUAGAUUAAAUAUUUUUCAUAUUGAGUUUUUUUUUUUUUUAUGUGAUUUGCACUUUUUAUUUGCAAGUUAAUUUGUGUGCAGAUCUGUUCUUUCAAUAUUGUAGUUGUUAUGUGAAGAGUUGCUUUUAUUGGCAGUCUGAUUUAUUUGUAGCCAUGAGAUGGGGGCAUCUUGUCUUUUGUGAAAGGGGUGUGAUAAAAGCCAAAACUGGAGUAUCUGUGACCCACAACAUUGUUAUUUACUGUGCUGUUUCUUCUUAAAAUGACAUGUUAAUAAAAGAAAAAAAUAAAUUCCUGUCGUUAAACACAUUGUAAACUGAUAACACUUAUUUUAAGCUUUCCAAAUCAAUAAAUGGUGAUAUUUUUUGUAUGGAUCCUUAGUAAAGACAAAAAGGCAGUUCUUGAAGACAUAUUUCUUGGCUUCAGAAAGGUAAUCAGUGCUUAGACAUGUAAAUAAGUUUUGUUCUGAUAUUAAAUUUAAAUAUAUAUAUCCAAUUUAAAUAUGUUUUUAAGCAUGCUUAGGGAUUUAACUAUAAACACUUUAUACAAAAAUACUUUUUUAUUGUUAUGGUUUAUGCAGUUCUAUGAUUAUCUACACCCAUUAAAUAAUAAAGUUUUUGGUAAAGAUGAAAUAAGCAGCUGUCAAAUAUUCUGGAAUUAAAUGUACCAAUAGCACCACUGAUGUAAUAUUGGCAUUAUUCAGUGUAAAUCAUGUUAAGGCUAGUUUUAAUUUAUGGAAUUUGUCUGAAAUAAAAAUAAACCUUCUCUGUCAGAGAUGUAAAGUUGCAAUGACAAUUCUGACUCCCUGUUUAGGCGUAAAUGCUGAUGUCAGUGUAUGCUUUGUUGAUGUGGGUGCAUUUCUUUUUGUUUUCUGUUCAUGCUGUAGGUGUAUGAUAUUUUUUAUUUAUUUAUUUAUUUUUUUGGAACUUGCCCAGAAUGCCUUAAGCCUUGUCCAUAUAUCAUUACUUUUACUGCAGUUUAUCCACUUUUCAGUUUCAAUUUUAAGAUUGUUUUUAAGGGACGUUUUCGUGGAGUUUAGUCCUAUUGAUUAAGAUCUUCAGUAAAUUACGUUAUGUCAUGUUCAUGAACUAAAAAAGAAAGCAUUUAAACAUUUCUCAUAUUUUAUGGAAGAGCUAUCAAAGGUGUUGUACGGAGGACAUAGUGUGCAUUCUGCACAGUGAUACUGAUCUGGAGAAGUGAAAACAAGCUUGUAAAAAAGGGAAGAGAAAACCAUAUGAUUGCUAUAUUUAGAUCUGCUGGUGUUAUGUAGACAUAAAUAAUGGCAUUCAUGUCAUCCCUUUAACCCAGAAAAGAUUCUUGUACUUCCUGAUUGAAUACUUGUGUCUUGCUGCCUGAGGAGCUUGUGUCUUGUGUUGGCUGAUAAUGUCCAAAUAUGUUGUUAACUUGCUGUUGAAAAUAAAACUUGUGUCCAAGUUA